GCAGUGGUCUGUGGUCGUUGACCCAAUUCGGCGGCCAAAGUAACGCGCCAUGGCUCGAACUUGCCUUCACCUAAUUUCGUUCCUUCUAAUCGUCGCUGCCGUGAUCUGCUUCAAUCUCUUCACCGUCGAUGCAAAACAUCAUCAUCGACGCCCGAUGCUCCUUCCUCUACAACUAUCCUCACACAACCAUUCACAGUACCGGCACUUGGAUAAUAUCCGCCGUCAUCUCCAGCAAGCGGGACUCUCUCCUUCCACUUCAAACGCUCACAUGAGACUCUACGAUGAUCUCCUUUCCCACGGUUAUUAUACUACUCGAUUAUGGAUAGGAACGCCUCCUCAGGAAUUCGCACUUAUUGUUGACACCGGAAGUACUGUAACUUAUGUUCCUUGCUCCAGUUGUACACAUUGCGGCAAUCAUCAGGAUCCAAGGUUCCAACCGGAUUUGUCUAGCACUUAUCAACCUGUAAAAUGCAAUCCGAGUUGUAAUUGCGAUGAUGAGCAAAAGCAAUGCACUUAUGACAGACGCUAUGCUGAGAUGAGUUCCAGCAGUGGCGUACUUGGGGAGGAUGUUAUUUCUUUUGGGAAUGAAAGUGAACUUGUGCCACAGCGUGCUGUUUUUGGUUGUGAAAAUAGGGAAACAGGUGACCUUUACAGACAACGAGCUGAUGGUAUAAUGGGUUUGGGUCGGGGACAGCUUAGUAUCAUGGAUCAACUUGUUGAUAAGAAUGUUAUUGGUGAUUCUUUUUCUUUAUGUUAUGGUGGGAUGGAUGUUGGUGGAGGUGCAAUGGUUCUCGGAAAUAUCACUCCUCCCCCUGAAAUGGUGUUCUCCCAUUCAGACCCUUUCCGCAGCCCUUACUAUAACAUUGAGCUUAAGGAAAUGCAUGUCGCUGGAAAGCGACUGAAGUUACCAGCUGGGGUCUUUGAUGGAAGGCAUGGAACAGUCUUGGACAGUGGCACAACAUAUGCUUACUUACCAAAAGAUGCUUUUGUUGCAUUUAGAGACGCUGUCCUAAGGGAAGUCCAUUUUCUAAAAAGGGUUCAUGGUCCUGACCCUAAUUUUGAUGAUAUAUGUGUUUCUGGUGCUGGAAGGGAUGUUUCCCAACUAUCAAAAACUUUCCCAGAGGUUGAGAUGGUAUUUAAAAAUGGAAAUAAGUUACUACUGUCUCCAGAAAACUACCUAUUCCGGCACACAAGGCUUAGUGGUGCAUAUUGCUUGGGAAUUUUCCCAAAUUCAGAAUCGACCACUCUUUUAGGAGGAAUUGUUGCCCGGAACACCUUAGUCACCUAUGAUCGGGGUAAUGACAGGACAGGCUUUAUGAAAACUAAUUGUUUUGAACUGUGGAUGAGAGUGUGGUCAUCUGUUGCACCUGCACCAGCUCCUUUAGUUUCCCAAAGAAAUGAUACUAACAGGGAAAUUUCUCCAGCAUCAACCCUAAGUGGAUCACCACCAAAUGUUCUUCCAGGUUCAUUUCAUAUUGGAUUUAUAACGUUUGAUAUGUCAAUUAGCACAAAUGAUUCCAAAUCAAAGCUAAACUUUGAGGAGCUUGGAGAAUUGAUUUCCAAGGAACUGGAAGUCGAUAAUUCACAGGUUCGCCUACUGAAUGUCACUUCCAAGGGGAAUGAAUACCUUGUUAGAUGGGGCAUUUUUCCUGCUUCAUCUGAUAAUUACAUUGCUAAUUCCACUGCAUUGGUAUUACCACUACUGAGAUACACAUAUUUGCGAGUUGAAAUUCAGUGUUUUCCAUCUAUUUGUUUGCAGUUUCCUGAGAGAUUUGGGAAUUAUAAUUUGGUUGAAUGGAAUGCCGAACCUCAAAGGAAGUCGUCAUGGUUUCGACAUCACGUUCUAGCUGUUGUACUCGGAUUUAAUGCAACUCUUAGUUUGUCAGCAAUUGGGAUAUGGUUAGUUGUUCGACACAGGCGAAAAUCAAUCAGUGCUUAUGAGCCGGUUGCUUCCCCUAUUGCGGAGCAAGAGCUUCAGCCUCUUCAAUCUUAACCGCAGAAUUGGUUGGUGCAUAGUUUCCUUGUAUAAUAUAUAUCUUGCAUAGAAUACAUGCUUUUGGAGUUGCUCAGAUGGGUGAGGUGAUGAAAUAUUUAACCCCUUGUAAAAUUCGAGAAAGAAAAAACAGACCAGUAUAGAGAGAAUAUAUGAUUAGACAAG